AUCCCUGCGCACGCGCACAACAUCCUGCUCAGCCUUCUCUCGCUCUUGCUAGCAUUUCGCACCAAUCAGGCAUACGACCGGUGGUGGGAGGCGCGCAAGCUGUGGGGACAGAUCGUCAACUCAACGCGCAACGUCGCCUCCAACGCUGCCGUUUUCAUGACCGACCUCGAGCGGAAGCGGCGCCAUUCCCUUCGCGGGCACUCACUCCUCGUGACGGACGAGAUGCUGCAGGCGAUGACCUCUCGGUACACGGGCCCGCUCGAGCGGCGGCCGACGCUGCACCUCGACCAGAGCGCCUUCGAGGAGGAGGAAGCGGACGAUCAGGGCUACGUGUACGAGCACCUGCCGAUGCUGAUGGUGGACGAGAUGAAGGCUGGCAUCCGCGACGAGCUCGACGAGACGGUGGGGGCCAAGGGCUCCGCCGCCGAGGUGCACGAGGGGUGGAAGAUUGUGAUUGGCAACGACAUCAAGUCGCUCGUCGACGCGCUCGGCGGUUGCGAGCGCAUUCAGAAGACGCCGAUGCCGUUUGGCUACCUGGCGCAGCAGCGCAUCUUCAUGCUCCUCUGGCUCCUCUCGUACCCGCUCGCGAUCGCCGGAGAUUACAAGUGGUGGACGGUCGUCGUCUGCGCCUUUCCGCUCCCUCAGGUCGACGCCAUCUCGGUCGAGAUCGAGCACCCCUUCACGACGGAGGUGCACGACCUUCCACUCGAGGCCAUCUGCAUCACCAUCGAGAAGAACCUGCUCGAGAUCCUCCGCCGCGCAGAGUCGCGCGAGCUUCGCCCCGUCGAGUCGCCGGUG